AUGAUAAAAGAACAACCGGAGCUACCAACUUUUACUUCUAGAUCAGAUGAAUGCUUCUUCCAGGUACUUCAGAUACGUCAAGUCGGCGAUCGACAUGCGGGUACCUAUCUUUGCAAAGCCGAGGCGUUGAACCCAGAUUGGUCUUUUCAACCUGCUCGAUACGGAAAACCAGCGGAAGAGCGUGGCACCAUCGACUCUCCGGUGCUCAUACAACUGCAAGCCAUACGUGGAAUCGUCUUUGUACCACCGCGUUUAGUUCCUGGAAACCCGAUGGAAGUGGCCACAUCAUCUUUGCAAGGGCCAACUUUCGUCCGUGAAAUGAUGGACUACCGGUCGUUUGUGAAACGGGACGACACGCCUCCGUUCAUGUCUCCAGCACAUCGGUAUUACAUGAGGCCCAGAUCUAAGAAUAUGCUUGACUCGUCCCAACAGACUUACAGGAGCUCGAUUGAGAAGAUUCGUCCUGUGGCUCAUGAAGGGCACGACAUGCUUCUUGAGUGCCAAGCUCGUGGCAAACCAAGUCCAAAGCUUUUGUGGUAUCGUGGCGGGACUGGCGCAAAUAUGCUGGUUGCAUCGAAGGCAGUCACAUUUGACCAGCGUGUCAAAGAGGCCAUGCAACAUGUUCCUUUGUAUGAGGUUCAAAAACAGUUGGGAAUCCUGAUUGCAGAUGGCGAACGUCUUCUGCCCGUUUUCCAAGGUGCAAAUGACAAAUCUGAAGAGAGCGGGCAACAAGCACAGAGGGUAACAGGAACUUCACUCAUUGAUGCCAACGAUACAACCACCCGAACAUAUCAUUUAGGGCGCUACGAUUUGUCGGUGGGUGUUCGGACAGACGACACUGGCGAUCCGGUUAUCACGGUAUCCAGAUUGGGUGUGCGCAAACUAAGACCAUCGGAUGCAACUCGUUAUACGUGUCUGGCUUUGUUAAACUUGGAGGAGUAUGGUGGAAGAGGUAAUUACACAGACGUUGGGAGCGUGUUCCCGGAAAUUGUGCUUCGGCCCAGAUUCAUUAGAUCGGGGACACAUUUGCAGGCAAGUGGUUACCCUGGACACAACGCAACGCUCACAUGUGAGGCGUAUGGUGGAUUGCUAAAUUCUCAUGGACUUCGAAUACGUCUUUUACGUGGAACAGGUGUUCCAAGAUUGAUCAGACUCCUAACGGGUUCAAGACACCGCCUCUAUCCUUCCGAGAGUAUACCGUACGCACCCAGCAGGACAGAUGCAAAAGAUGACUACUCCGAUGCGAUCGUAUUCAAACCGGGUCCAUCUCUUGAACCGUACGAGAUGGGUAGUGGCCGACGUCUUGGAGACAUAACCGAUUUUCAGCCCAUUUUUGGAAACGGCACUAUCGACGUUGUAUCGCAGGUUGAUGAUCCUCGGUAUAACCUAACGGUUUCGUCAGAUCCCAGAAAUCCCUAUAUGAGCACCCUCAGGCUACACAUCUAUGGUGAGUGUGAUACUGUAUUGAUUGUCUAG